AUGGCACAACGGCUCCGCAAGCUCGACUUUUCGCGCAUGAAGAAACGCAACCAUUCCAACACGUCUUCUACAAGCUCCCCAACAGUGCCAGUUCUUGAAUCACCCGCAGUGUUCUCGCUUCAAAAUAUCAGCCCUGGGUCGCCCGGCCAACAAAAGACUCGGCUGGAUAGAUCUCCGGCCAGGCCAUCUGUUUUCGUGGAAAAUAUCGAUGACGAUGAUGAUAUGGAUGCCCCUGCUGUUCAUGGUCCCCCUUCAGACAGCAAGCUUGGUCCAGUCAACGCCGAUGGCGAAGACGACUCGAUGACGCGAGCAAAAACUCGCUACUUUGAGGAGAUCUUCAGUAUCCGCAGCCCUCUGGCCUCGCCCAAGACUCGGACCAACCAAGAGUCUAUUAUAGUAGUCGAGGUCAAGCUACGCACUCGGGUCAAGGAUGUUGAGGCAUUCGCUUCCUCAAUAGCGUCUCGCAUGGCUAGCGUUUACCAGAUAUCUGAGAGUCAAAUUAUGAUCACCAUUCAGCAAGAUGUACAUCUUUACUUGGGCAAUCCUAGGUUCCCCGCCUAUUUGAUCAAGGUCUUCGCGCUGCCACACUUCAUAGCACCAAUGACCAAUCUUCGCUGCACCAUUCUCAUUCAGGGGCUUCUUCAAGACCUGACUCUUAUCCCUGCGAACCGAGGCGUUAUUCUAUUUAUCCCCAUUCACGAGGAGAAUUUCGCCACAAAUGGUGCUACCAUGAUGGGGGAAAUUCCACGACUCGAUCGCCAUCAUUCCGAGGAGCAAAAUCAAGGAAUCUUCAGAAGCAUUACACGGUCUUUGAGUAGACUGAAAUCCGGCAGCACCCAUAGUGCAUCGGAGGCAACAACUUCUUCAUGGACUGGAGCCAUAGAACACUCCAGAGAAAAGAGCGCCCUGGGGGAUGAUACAUCGGAUGAAGGUGUCUCUAAAUCUGUCAGGAAAUCGAGAAGUCUGCGGCAACACUUUCUACCGGGGCAUGGUGGCUCAGAUCCUUCGCAUCCAGCAGGUGAAGAGGUGUAA